UUCUUUUUUUCCUUGUUGCCCAAUGUAGACCACCAUGUGACCCUCUUGUUUGGUGGCAAAUGGUUUUCCAUGCGCCCCAACCUUGGCCGCUGCUAUUUUGGACCAUGCCGACGAGGAGCAAACUACUGAAACUAGGCAGGCAGAAAUUUUGUAAAGAAGCACACAGUAUGGUACAUAUAAUAACAAUAUGCCUACAUAAAUAUAUUAUGUGUAUAUAAAUUAAGUUAAAGCGGCAGCAGCCGAGUCUAGUAUUGGGAGAAGCGGCAAGCAAAGCAACGGCCAAUAAAGAUAAGCGGGGCGAAGGGUCCAUCACGACCACGACGUCGCCCCUGCGACCACAGAGAAAGUAUAACUCCUCCAGCCUGGAUGGGGUCGAUGGCCGAACACGCAUCUCGCGCACGGGGCAACGCCGAGCUUCCCGCUGCCUGCUCCGUGCUCGCUCGAGUGGCGGCAGCAAGAUAGAGCGAAGGAGUGAACUUUCUUUUGUUUUGGUUGAGAAGAGGCCACCAAUCCGCAUCGUCGAAGGGGCUCGCUGGCCGCUUUCUUUAAAGUUUAAGCGCUCCCGCGGUGGAGGCCGAAUCACUCCUGGCCACUUCGGCAUCUGCCGAUGCCGAUGCCUCCACUGCCCCUCCGCUCCGUUGCCGCUGCAUAAAUACCCCUCCUCGCCGCUCCGGGCUGACCAAGGGCUCCCCGCCUUCCGACUCCGGCAGGGAGAGGCGAAACCUUUGGUCGGUUCGUUACGCGCGUUGAUGACGGAGCUGUGGAUGGAGGUGCUGCCGCCCUACUUCGCGGGGCAGGCGGGCGGGUGGUUCCUGCUGGACAGGCGGGCCGGGCCCGGGGCGUGGACGCUCGAGGAGAACAAGAUGUUCGAGCGCGCGCUGGCGCGCGUCGACUGGGACGCGCCGGACCGGUGGGAGCGCGUGGCCGCGGUGCUGCCCAGGAGGACGGUGGCCGACGUCGCGGCGCACUACGAUGACCUGGAGGUCGAUGUCGGCUCCAUCGAGGCCGGCUUCGUACCCUUCCCCCGCUACGGCGGCUGCGGCGGCGGCACGUCGCAAUCGGCCGCCGGGUUCACGUUCGAGUGGGACGGCGACGCGGGCGGGACGGGCUUUAAUAAGCGCUCCUGCUACGUGGUUGGCGGCGGCGGCAACGAGCGCGGGCCGGACCACGAGCGCAAGAAGGGCAUCCCCUGGACGGAGGAGGAGCACAAGCUGUUCUUGAUGGGUCUGAAGAACUACGGGCGAGGGGACUGGAGGAACAUCUCGCGCAACUUCGUGAGGAGCCGGACGCCGACGCAGGUGGCCAGCCACGCGCAGAAGUACUUCAUCCGCCUCAGCUCCGGCGGCAAGGACAAGCGCCGGUCAAGCAUCCACGACAUCACCACCGUCAACCUCCCCGACGACGACGACGACGGCGAUGACGACGACACCGGCGGCGGCAACCCCCCAGUCAUCUCUGAGCAGUUGGGCGUCCUCGUCGACAGCAGGCCCCCGCCGCCGCACCCCUACCGCCACUUGUUGUUGCCGCACCCCUACGGCAACGUGAAACUCGAGCCCCGUCACGGCGGCUUCCUGGAUGACUCUGUUCUGAUGCAGAGCCACUGA